GGGGCCGCCCGUCCGCCAUCUUAGCGCUCCCUCCCCCGGUGCGGCGGGAUUGAAUGAGUCGCUGCCCACCCGCCCGCCAGCCCAGCGCCAUGUCAGGCACUCCGAGCCGCGGCACCCCCGGCGGGACCCCGCUGUCGCCGACCCGCAUCUCCCGGCUGCAGGAGAAGGAGGAACUGCGGCAGCUCAAUGACCGCCUGGCCGUUUACAUUGACCGUGUGCGGGCGCUGGAGCUGGAGAACGACCGGCUGCUGCUAAAGAUCUCGGAGAAGGAGGAGGUCACCACUCGGGAGGUGAGCGGAAUCAAGAGUCUCUAUGAGUCUGAACUGGCUGAUGCUCGAAGAGUUCUGGAUGAAACUGCCAAAGAGAGGGCUAGAUUACAAAUUGAAAUAGGAAAACUGAGAGCAGAACUUGAGGAGUUCAACAAAAGCUACAAGAAGAAAGAUGCAGAUUUGUCAGUGGCUCAGGGUCGCAUCAAGGAUCUGGAAGUUCUCUUCCACAGAAGUGAAGCAGAACUCAAUACUGUCCUGAAUGAGAAACGCAGUCUGGAAGCAGAGGUGGCUGAUCUCCGUGCCCAGCUUGCUAAGGCUGAAGAUGGUCAUGCUGUGGCAAAGAAGCAAUUGGAGAAGGAGACACUCAUGCGUGUGGACCUGGAAAAUCGGUGCCAGAGUUUGCAGGAGGAUCUGGAUUUCAGGAAGAAUGUAUUUGAGGAGGAAAUAAGGGAAACAAGAAAACGGCAUGAACAUCGUUUGAUUGAGGUGGACACAAGCCGCCAGCAGGAGUAUGAAUCCAAAAUGACUCAGGCUCUGGAGGAUCUAAGAAAUCAACAUGAUGAACAAGUCAAACUGUAUAAGAUGGAGCUGGAGCAGACCUAUCAGGCUAAGUUGGAGAAUGCCAAAUUGUCCUCUGAUCAAAAUGACAAAGCUGCUGGUGCAGCUCGAGAGGAGCUGAAGGAGGCUCGCAUGAGGAUAGAAGCUCUCAGCUACCAGCUUUCUGGUCUUCAGAAACAGGCCAGUGCAGCAGAAGAUCGCAUUCGGGAGCUGGAGGAAAUGAUGGCUGGUGAGCGGGAGAAGUUCAGGAAGAUGCUGGAUGCAAAGGAGAGGGAAAUGACAGACAUGAGGGACCAGAUGCAGCUUCAGCUUACGGAGUACCAAGAACUGCUUGAUGUUAAAUUAGCACUGGACAUGGAGAUCAGUGCUUACCGAAAACUUCUGGAAGGAGAAGAGGAAAGGUUGAAGCUCUCUCCAAGUCCCUCGUCCCGUGUCACAGUCUCUCGGGCUACCUCCAGCAGCAGCAGCAGCAGUGCUUCACUUGUUCGCUCUUCCCGAGGCAAGAGAAAACGUAUUGAGGCAGAGGAGCUUUCCGGCAGUGGAACGAGCGGGAUCGGCACUGGAAGUAUCAGUGGCAGCAGCAGUAGCAGUAGCUUUCAGAUGUCCCAGCAAGCUUCAGCUACAGGAAGUAUCAGCAUAGAAGAGAUAGAUCUGGAGGGCAAAUAUGUUCAGCUUAAGAACAACUCUGAGAAGGAUCAGUCUUUGGGUAACUGGAGACUGAAAAGACAAAUUGGAGAUGGAGAUGAAAUUGCUUACAAAUUUACUCCUAAGUAUGUUCUCAGAGCUGGGCAGACUGUUACAAUCUGGGGCGCAGAUGCGGGCAUAUCUCACAGCCCUCCUUCUGUUCUCGUGUGGAAGAAUCAAGGCAGCUGGGGCACUGGUGGAAAUAUCCGCACUUACCUCGUAAACUCUGAAGGAGAGGAAGUUGCAGUGAGAAUUGUUACUAAAUCAGUAGUCAUGCGAGAAAAUGAAGAGGAAGAAGACGAAGCAGAGUAUGGAGAGGAAGACCUUUUAAACCAACAGGGGGAUCCCAGAACAACCUCUAGAGGAUGCUCAGUGAUGUGAAAAAAGAAGAAAGAAACUAUUAUUUGCGCUUUUCCCCCUUCAUUUAUUUCCUUUUAUUUUUGCUAUUUUUUCCUUCCAGAGCCACUGAAAACUAUUUUUAUAUGCAUCACCUGAUUUCUUUGAAGUUUAUCCUUGGUACAUUUUUAUAAAAAAAUUUCAAAAAAAAAAACUUUACUGAACAAAACUGACAGGAUUUUUAAUAGAUUCCUUUAUUUUUCCCUCUUUGUUGAAACAUUAUACUGGAAUACAAUAUUUUUCCCCACACAGAAUUUAAAGUCUUACAUAGAAGCCUAAAGCAGAAAAGAGAUUUUUAGCUAAAAUGAGAUGAGACUUCUUGAGUGUAUGGUAAAUCUAUAAUUACAUAUAUAACCAGUAUAAUACUCACCUAUUAAAAAAAAAAAAUCAAUUUUAAUGAGGUGUCUUCAUCUACAGGGCCCUGAGAGAGAAUCACUGAGUGUUUCCUCCACAGUUGUAGAAAUGUUAGUAUUUUGCCUGGUACCCUCAGCAAUUCCCAGCUUAGGAAAAUUAGACCCCAGCUUCAUUCAAAGUGCUGCUCCACAAUUGCAGUGACUCUGGGAAGCUUCAUUUUAGGCAUUUUUGACUCUGGACCUUGCCAUUGUGUCUUUCUCCAAGGUUUGACAGCCUAAUGGUAAAACAUCUGGGUCUGUCACACCUGAGCUCUAUGUCAUCAUUUCAGAAGAUGGAGAAUGGUGGGUUCUGCUUCCUGGACACAAAUUGUGAUAUUCAGUAUUUAUGAUUUAAUCCUUUUGACAUAUUUAGCUUUAAAAAUAUUUGAUGAAGAUUUUAGAAGUAAAGCAUAUUUGUACUUUUGACAGUGAAUAAAUAUUGGAGGUUUUAAAGGUUAUCCCGUGUAAAUGUUGACCUUUUUAGUCAAAGCUAGAUAUAGCUUGUUCAUACUUCUCUUAGGUUCAAAAGGGCAUUGUCAGGUAUCCAAAGGAACAAUAUUUGCAAAAUAGAGCAGGAAUAGUUUAAUUACUUUUAAACAGUUCAAAGGAACUGCCUGUGUUAAGGAUGUAAGUGACACAGCAUUCAAGUGCUCAAGGCAAAGUCUAACAAGGAGUGAUGGGAGAAUAAUGUUUUUUAUAAAAAAUUCAUUGUAUGGGUAGCCAGUGAUCUUUAUUUUAAUAGGAUGCAUUUUUUUAUCUGACAGUGUCCAUUUAGCUUAAGGUUUCUGCCGCUGCAUUUCUCUGGAGAUAACUCUGAGUCCCAUAAGGGUUAGCAUUCAUCUUUAAGCACGAGGAAAAAUACUUGACUGGUCCAAAGAAUGCAAAUGUUUUUUCAACUACUUGUUGAAAAACAAACUUAGUAGUUUGGAUGCAAAAUUUGGAUACCAUUUGAUUCCAGCAUAGAAUCCUGUUUUUACCUGCACUCUUGAACUCUGAUCUUAUCAUUCAAAUAGUUAAGACUCAUCAGACAAGUGACAAGGUUUGGAUGUUUUCGGUGGCUUUUGGACAUUAUGUUCUCUGAACAGUAUCGUGACUGACAGAUAUAACCUAGAAAGUUGGUCUAGUGGCUCUGACUGAUGGCUUUGUUAUGCAAGCAGGGUGGGAACAAAAGGGUCUUUAAGCUUCAGGAUUUAUUUUGCCAUUUAUAAAUAAAUCAAAGAUGCUACUUCUCUCUUUUUGAGUGGGAUGACUGAGUUGCUGAAGUUCAGAUAAUAGACAUUUAGAAUUACGUUUUAAUCCAUUAUCAGAAGACCAUUACUAAAAACAGGAUGAAGAUUUGGCUGUUUGGGCUGAUGGGGUAACUGCAUUGAUGUACUUCACUAUCCUUCUAAUGUAAUUUUCCCACUCUGCUUGAGUAGAAGGUUAAAUAUGUAGUAAAUCAUGUCUCUCUCUCUUUAAGAUGUAUCUAGUGAAAUUAUGUUUCUCAGACAUACUGUUAACAAUUACCUUUUCUAAAUUUGUUGUUAUGCAAAUGAAUGCAAUCAAUGUAAAGUUAUUUUUGCAACACACCUUCCAACCACUGGACACCAUUUCCCUUUCUGACUCACAGCUUCUAUAAUAUGCUGACAUAGUGUUUGAAAGCUUUUUGCUUUUUCCCUAAAGAUCUAUAUAUUUUUUUUACAUGGGCUAGUUUUCAGACUGCUUAUUCCUUUAAGAUUGUCCUGUAAAUUUAAGAUUAUUUUGUGAUCUUAAAUACUAAAGCAAUGAAUGUAUAGAUAAUUUACAUUUUUUCUGUGGUUUUUGGUUUGUUUCUUUCCUGUAAAGAAUGGCCUCAGAAAGGCAGCUCAAAUGAAGAAAAACCUCUUGCUACCUGAGCCAUAGUUUUCUUAACAGCUACUGUAUGGGGAACGUGUCUUCUUGUAGCCUUGAGAACUGGUGCUUGCAGAUCUCUUGUGAUGAGCACUGUGCCCUUGAGUAACAGUCUGCAGAAUUUGUCCUUAGAAUUGGAACUGUGUCCUUUAACUUUGGAAACAGUUUAUUUGAUUUUUCAGGACCAUGUUUAGGUGUAUACAGGUCAAAUAAAACUGUGAUUGACGUUGUGGGAGAAGCCAAGUCUGAAAGUGGAUGAUUCUGUCACCACGUUGCUUUUUAAUAGGCUACUGCAAAUAGGAUAAAUAACCCCUGGCUGUAAAUUACAAGACACAGAAGAACUACUGUAUUUCAUGUACUUUCUUUUUUGUGUUGCCUUUUCCAGCCACCAUCCCGGCCUCUUGCUUUUGGUGCUGAGCUUCAGUCUAACGGCGCUGUUCCAGCCAGACUGGGAGGCAGUUUUGUGGCUUUAGCAGUCCAAAAAGCAUUGUUUCUUUUUUUUUUUUUCCUCCCUGUCUUUCCAAGAUGUCUUUCCAUUUUCAGGAUAUUUAAAGCUUUUUGUUUAAAAAAAAUCCAGUGUCUCCUUGCCCGCUUUUUCUCUUUGAUCCUGUAUAUGAACCAGUCUUGAUGAAAUUAGAGCAUGGACAGCAGUUCUACUCCAGUGCUGGUACCUGGCAUAAAGCUUGAAGGAGAAAUAGAUUUGGCUUGUCUGGAGAAAAAUUAUUUUAAGGUGUCUCUGAUGAGGGGAAUAAAGCUUUUAUCAGAGUAGUUACUUGAGCAUAACUAUCCAUAUGGAUGUUCUUAUUCCAGAAAUACAACCUUAUUCUGGAUGAAAUAGAAAAUAGUUUUUCCUGUGUUUAUCUCAUAACAGAAUAUUACAUAAAAUACAGUUAACAAAUCCUGCCUCCUCCUAAGUUCAUGCCAUGUGAAAAUGCUUGUCUCAGAACAAAUCCAUUCAUCUGCAAACGUGUCAGGAAUGUGGUGCCUUCUGGAGUGAGGUGUGGCCUCAGAGUCCCUGCAUUUCAUGCCACUUUUUUCUCCCCUUCUGCAUUUGUUCCUUUAUCUGUUGCAUUGCAGUGACAUACUCUAAGGAGUGGAGUGGCUGGGAUUUCCUUGUUCCUGCACAUCUGUAUUUCCUGUGAUUCAUUGCUGCCACACAGCUGUAUUUCCUGUUCCCCUUUUGCUUCACAGCUCUAUUUCCCAGCAGGUCUCCUUAGGCUGCACCGAGCUCUAGCUUAGCUCUGACAGAACCCAUCAUUUGCACUGACAUGUGCUCACUUGUCUUCAGCUCUGUGUUGCCAUUAGAUGGGCAGUUGGCUCCUGUGUUUCUAGCAGGAACUGAAAGUCUGAGGAAGAAUAUAAACAUGCUUCCUGUGAUGUAAAAGCUGGCUGAGCAGGUGUGCAAGCUGGCAGUACCGUGGGAGUUGUACAGCAGUGUGAAGCAGACUGCAGCGUGAAAGAAGAACGCUGAUGUGUGGUGUCCUCGAGCAAUGGGACACUUCAUGUUCAGUUCAGGAAUCUUACAGGGUUUUAUACACUUAUUUUUUUUUUCUUUUUUAAUACUCAUCCUGUAUAAAGGCCCUUUAACUGCAACCUGAAUAGAGGUAGCAGGUUAGAAGAGACCUGUAAAAAUCCUCUCAACACACCAGGACCUCAGAGAAUCUGUCAUUUUUAUGCAUAUCAGAAAGGUUUUGAUGCUUCAGGAAAACAUGCAUGCUGUAUGUUCUAGAUCUCUUGUAGCCACUUCACUCAUGUCUUCACUGUUAAACCAUUCUAUCUCUUCUUUCUGUAUCUUCUUUUGAAAGUCUUAUCUCUAAACACAUAUCCAUAAUUGGUCCUGCAUUUUAUUGACACUGUUGGGUCCAAACUCUGUGUGAGCAAAGCCUUGUGAACCAGUGAGCGGAAGGUGAGAUAGUGAUUGCAUUUUUCAAAGCACUGUCUUAGCUGAAUGUCAGGACAAAUUAUAUUGGAGAGAUUUGUUUACUGAUUUUAAAUGGCCUGGGAAACAGAAUUUUUAUUUGCCCUUCAAUAUGCUUAGCUUUAAACCAGUUUAAAAUUAUUUAAAGGUGUUUGUUGUCUUUUUUAUACAAGACCAUAUUUACAUGCAAUUAUUAUUUGUAAAAAUAAUGCCUUUCUUGAAAUGCUAACGUCUAGAGUGAAAAAGGUAUGAAAGUCUUCAUUCAGAAUAGCACAAGCAGUGAAUUGACUUGGAGUUCCAGAAAAUAAGAUGUUGUUUAUUGACCUUCCAGAUUUUCUAGUUAGCUGUUACUGAAGUGACAAGUCCAUAUUGGUAAUGCAGAUAUUACUGUAUAUUCAGCUACCCAGAUCAUUACACUAAAAUUACAAGCAAUAAUCUGUUUUGAGCAAGUUUAAGCCAAAACACUAUCCAUUUGGGCACAAAAUACAGUUGAUUCCUUAUUUUCAUAGCAGUGAUGACUCGUGACUUGAAUUGUGAUUUUUUUUUUUUUUUUUAAUUUUUUUUUUUAAACAAAAUUUUUAUUUAGAUAGGUCUGGCUUGAGAGCACUGCAGUAACCACCUCCAGUCAUCUGCUGCAGAUGAGUUUUUGGAAGGUUCAAGUUUUUUAAAUAGGGAAUUAUGAAAAAGGUUGUUAACAGAAACACAAAGACAAAACAGAGUGUUCUCUUGAAACUUAGAAAAUCUACAUCACAACCUAGACUUUAUCAUUUCAAAAUGGUUUGGUUUUUUUUCUUUUUAGAAUAUGCAUGCCAAAUGUCUUGUCUUUUUCAAUGAUUUGUAAUAUACAUUUUAUGACUGGAAACUUUUUGUACAACACACUCGAAUAAAUGUUUUGCAUUUUA